GCCGUGGAGUAUUUGCGGCAAGUCUUAGACGAGCCCUGGCAUGGCCAGAAACUGUUGUCUUGCGGUCCACAGAAGUUGAGACCCCAGGACCUGCUGCAUGAAUUCAAUGAAGACCUCGUGUUUGCAAACUAUUCAUACUUGAGUUCUGGACCUUCGGUUCCUAUCCCAAGAACAGAAGUGCGUGGAAUCACCAUCCAGCAGCUGUCACAUCUGCUGGAUUUUGUUGAGGAAAGGGCCUCCUCUUGGUGUGAGUGUGUUUCAGUUUCACCACACUACGGGCAACCUUUGUCUUUCAAGGACUUCAACAUGUAUCAUUCGGAAUACUGGGUCAUUGGCCCUGCUACGGCCAGCCCCUUGAGCUGCAGCUAUGUAGAGUUGGUUGCCAGCGAGGCUGCAAGUCAACGGCCUCUGUGGUAUGUCUCCUAUGUGUGGCAAAAGCCGCUCCACGAGUUCAUGGCCUGCCUCAGGCGCCACGCUUCUUUGCGCGAGUUGCCUGAGCACACAACCUAUUGGGUUGGCGCUUUGGCCAACAACCAGCAUAGAUUGGUCGAUGAAGUCUGCAACAAACCCCGAAAGACAAGCUUCUGCCGUGCACUGAAGUUGUGUACCGGUCUCUUGCUGAUCUUGGAUCAAGACGUCGUUCCUCUGAGCAGGAUCUGGGUGUGCUUCGAAGUGUCUCUGGCAGUGGAGGAGCGCAACAUGUCUCUGGCAGUGGAGAAGCGCAACAAGGAGAAGUCCGGGAAGCACUUUCUGCUGGAUGUGGCGGCCAUGGAUCGUCAUGGCGAAGCACAUCUCAUCACAGAUGGCCUAGUUGGUGCUGAGGAGCGGAUGGAGCGAGAGCUGGGUUUUUGGGUCAAAGGCCAGCGCGAGGCCAAGUUCCCGCGAGAGAUGAUGCGCCGAGCCACGUGCCUGGACAUUGUCGAGGCUAUGGCAACCAAAGCUGAAGACAAGAUAAGGAUUCUCAACAGCCUUUGUCGUCCACGGGCAAAGACCAGGGAUCUUCUUGAUAGCUCAGGGUUAGGGUCACUGAGUUGGAGGGAUCCAAGCUCUGAUGCGGUUGGCAACGCCAUGAGAGAAAAACUGGAGGAAACCGAGAGGCUCUCUUCACUGGCGAACGACCUUAGUUUUUUGCUUGGUGUGAACAAGAAAAAGACAGAUGGAGUUGAGAAGCUUGUGCAGGACAUGGAUGAUGAGCUUUGGAAUGAACAGGAAGACACUGUGCAAAAGUUUCUCCCGAAGUUUGCCUUGUUUGAAUGGAGCAAGGACAGAGUUGAGCAGAAGGUGCAAGAGAUCCGUGUUCUUCAUAGCUAUCAUGCAGGAGUCAGCAUGGCCUACUUGCUGCACGAUUUUGUGCACUUAGCCCAACAGAGAUCACAAGAAGUAGAUCCAACCUUUCUCCGAUUGAAAGAAGCCUUUUGGCUCUGUAAGGAUAAAGUCGGCCAGAACUUGUAUUGCCCAAGAGAUGGCAAAAAGGGUCGUGCGCUGGUGGAUUUGCUUCCCCCAAAACAUCGACAAAGGCAAAACUACUUCAUGUCCUGGAGUUGGCAAUACUCAGUGGGACAGGAAGCAAGUGCCUCCCUGUCCCAGAAGAUUUCUAUUGGAGAUAAAGGCAUUGCCGAGGUGACCCGAUCCCUUUGCGAAGUCAAGGUGGCCAAUGCAGAAGCAUAUGAUCCACGGGAUGAGAAGAAGCUCAAAGACACGAUCCGAGAAAGUGUGGGUUUUCAGGAGGUGAAUCGGCAUGUGAAACGUGCCAUGGUUCAAUGGAUCGGUGGCAUUGUCAAAGACAACUUUGAGAAGCUCGUGAACGAAACGGGUGAGGAGUGCGAGGUUUCGGAGUACAAGGUGAGGCCCCAAAGGAAGAUUUUCUGGCCACAGCAGGGUGAGUUCCAGCUGCAGCAUAUUUUUGGGAUUGCAGGCCCGUAUGGCCGUGCCUAUGGCGAGUUCUUCAAAAGGGUCCCGAAAAAGGGCACAUUCACUUGCAGCAGUAGCACAGCAGAGGAGGCCCUGGAGUAUUUGCGGCAAGUGUUGGGUGAGCCCUGGCAUGGCAACAAGCUGUUGUCUUGCGGUCCACAGAAGUUGAGACCCCAGGACCUGCUGCAUGAAUUCAAUGAAGACCUCGUGUUUGCAAACUAUUCAUGCUUGAGUUCUGGACCUCCGGUUCCUAUCCCAAGAACCGAAGUGCGUGGAAUCACCAUCAAGCAGCUGUCACAUUUCCUGGAAUUUGUUGAGGAAAGGGCCUCCUCUUGGUGUGAGUGUGCUUCAGUUUCACCACCCUACGGGCAACCUUUGUCUUUCAAGGACUUCAACAUGUAUCAUUCGGAAUACUGGGUCAUUGGCCCUGCUACGGACAGUCCCUUGAAUUGCAGCUACGUAGAGUUGGUUGCCAGCGAGGCUGCAAGUCAACGGCCUCUGUGGUAUGUCACGCAUCUAUGGCAGCAGCCACUCCACGAGUUCAUGACGUGCCUCAGGCGCCACGCUUCUUUGCGCGAGUUGCCUGAGCACACAACCUAUUGGGAUAGCGCUCUGGCAAACAACCAUAAUGAGCUUGAGAUGUGCGAUCCCCGAAAGCAGGGCUUCUGCCGUGCACUGAAGUUGUGUACCGGGCUCUUGCUGAUCUUCGAUCAGAAUGCCGAUGUGAUGACCAGGAUCUGGGGGUGCUUUGACGCGUCUCUGGCACUGGAGGAGCGCACCAUGUCUCUGGUAGUGGAGAAGCGCAACAAGGAGAAGUCCGGGAAGCACUUUCUGCUGGAUGUGGCGGCCAUGGAUCGUCCUGGCGAAGCACAUCUCAUCACAGAUGGGCUGGCCGGUGCUGAGGAGCGUACGGAGCGAGCGCUGGGUCUUUUGUUGAAAGGCCAGCGCGAGGCCAAGUUCCCGCGAUUCAUUCUGCACGAAGCCGCGUAUGUUGAGAUUCCCGAAGCUAAUGCAACCAACCAUGAUGACAAGAUAAGGAUCCUCAACAGCGUUCGUUGUCCACGGGCAAACAGGAUAGAGUUAGCACUAAGAUCUAAUCCAAGCCUUGAUGCAUUGAGAAAGUUCAUGAGAGAAAAACUGGAGGAAACCGAGAAGCUCUCUUCAUUGGCCAACGACCUUAGUGUUUUUCUUAGUGAGAACCAGAAAAAGACAGACGGAGUUGAGAAGCUUGUGCAGGACAUGGAUGAAGAGCUUUGGAACGAACAGGACGACACUGUGCAAAAGUUUCUCCCGGAGUUUGCCUUGUUUGAAUGGAGCAAGGACAGAGUUGAGCAGAAGGUGCAAGAGAUCCGUGUUCUUCAUAGCUAUCAUGCAGGAGUCAGCAUGGCCUACUUGCUGCACGAUUUUGUGCACUUAGCCCAACAGAGAUCACAAGAAGUAGAUCCAACCUUUCUCCGAUUGAAAGAAGCCUUUUGGCUCUGUAAGGAUAAAGUCGGCCAGGACUUGUACUGCCCAAGAGAUGGCAAGUUGGGUCGUGCGCUGGUGGAUUUGCUUCCCCCAAAACAUCGACAAAGGCAAAACUACUUCAUGUCCUGGACUUGGCAAUACUCAGUGGGACAGGUAAGAAAUGCGUUGCAAAUGUGGAAAGCACCGAUGGCAGCUGAGAAUGUCUUUUUCUACAUGUGCUUUUUUGUGAACAAUCAAUUCCGUCUCAUUGUGGAUGGAACUCCAGCUGGCAGUGACAACUUAGAAGAGGUCUUCGAAGAGAACCUUCGACGCUGUGGCCAGAUGGUAGCCAUUUUGGAUGGAUGGCACCAGCCCAGAUACCUGCGACGAGUUUGGACGAUCUAUGAACAGUAUGUCGCGUGCUCUCUGAAGAUAGACGUGGCAUUUGUGAUGCCUCAUGAAGCAAGUGCCUCCCUGUCCCAGAGGAUUUCUCUUGGAGAUAAAGGCAUUGCCGAGGUGACCCGAUCCCUCUGCGAAGUCAACGUGGCCAAUGCAGAAGCAUAUGAUCCACGGGAUGAGAAGAAGGUCAAAGACACGAUCCAAGAAAGUGUGGGUUUUCAGGAGGUGAAUCGGCAUGUGAAAAGUGCCAUGGUUCAAUGGAUCGGUGGCGUUGUCAAAGACAAGUUUGAGAAGCUCGUGAACGAAACGGGCGAGGAGUGCGAGGACACCGAGGAUACAUUUUUUGUAUAGAAGUCUAGCACAAGUCUAGUAGCAGGCUUUAGAGAUUUUAAGUUAAAAUGUGUGGAAAA